AUGGCGUCGCAUCUGCCUCGAGAUUCAGUCGAGGAAGACGAAUCUCUGCUCUCCUCCCCGCACGAAUCGACGUUCACCCUCCCUGAGCCCAGGGUGCCGAAGAAGCCAUGGGUGUCUCUCGUGGUGCUGGCGCUGCUCCUGGUCACCAUCAUCGACGUUGGCGCCUUCCUCGCUGAACCGCCCAAGACACGCAUAUACGAGACCAAUAUCUGCCUCGCAUACUAUCGCGAACACGACGACUCCGCCAUCGGCGCUGACGGGCGCAUACCGGAACAGCUGUGCAAGAUCGACGAGGUGCAGCAGAAGCUGGCUAUGAUCUUUGGCUGGCAGGACACUUUCGAUGCAAUCCCCGGCAUAUUGCUCGCUAUCCCGUUUGGGACGCUGGCGGACCGGGUCGGCAGGAAAUGGAUCUUCGCUGCAAGUCUGCUGGGUUGCUGGCUGAGCUCUGCAUGGGUCCUGCUCGUCUGCUACUUCACAACCCUGCCGCUGCAGCUCACAUGGCUGUCAUCCGCCUUCUUCCUGAUCGGUGGAGGACCUCUAGUCGCCGUUGCAGUUGCCCUGACCAUGAUCUCGGACAUCGUGCCACCGGACAAGCGCACCACCGUAUUUCUGUAUGUGACUGCCUCCGUGCUGGUUGCGGAGGUGGUUGCGCCGGUUAUGGCUGCAAAGCUCAUGGAGAAGGGCGAUUGGAUGCCCUUGGUGCUGGCCACCUUCAUACAGGGAGUGGGCAUGUGCAUAUCCAUCUUCUUCCCUGAGACACUUCAUUUGCGCGACCUGCCAGAACCAAAGGAUGACGUAGACCAGACCAUCGAGCUUCAGCCGAAAGGCGGCCACUUCACGCUCAAAGCGCAGCUGCGGAACUUUCACACUGCAUACACUUUCAUCCGAGGCGACAUGCAGCUGGCGUUGGUGGUCUUUGGUUUCAUGGCCAACAGGCUUGGCAGACAAGCCAUGUCGCUGCUGAUCCGCUAUGCUUCCAAACGCUAUGGCUGGGAUAUCAAGGAUGCCGCCUACCUGCUUUCGUUCCGCGCUGCGACCAAUCUUGUGGCUGUGGCUGUGUUCCUGCCAGCGCUCAACUGGUUUCUUAUCAAGCAUCUUCGACAUCCGCCCCAUUGGGCAGAUCUCUGGACAGCGCGAGGAUCAAUCAUCGUGCAGGCCGUUUCCUACAUUAUCAUGGGCGUUGCCGGAUAUCCUUCGCUGCUCAUACUUGGUCUGCUCGUCUACAACAUGGGCACUGGAUACAAUGCAGCCUUGCGGUCUGUCGCCAUCCACGCAGUUGGCGGGCAGUCCAGUCCCGACGUUGGGAAACUGAUGAGCACCAUCGCCAUUUCUGAAGCUAUAGGCGCAAUGUUUGCAGGACCAAUGCUCAGCCAGCUGUUCCAAUGGGGCAUGGAUCUUGGUAGCGCAUGGCUCGGACUACCCUUCUUGGCCUGCGUACCUGUGUAUGGCGUUAUGACUGCGAUCAUGUUCAUGAUUAGCGCAAAAGACAGAGAUACGGGGUAUGUGGAGGUGCAGAGCGAGGAUGAAGAAGACGCGCGCAGUGAGCUCGGCAGAAGUUCGGCGCUGGUUGAAGCGCGUAGUCCAAGGCACCCACCCCCCAUCUUGGAGCUAUUAGACCCGGAUCUCGCACGUCAACAGGCUGUGGCCGCUGCGACGGCUGCUUUUGUGAGAGCCCAUACCCAAGGAGCCGCUGACAGGACGAGCAAGCGAAGCUCCGAAGUCUCUAGGUCGAAGAGCAAUGCCAGUCGAAAGUCCAUCACCAUGCAGGGCCAGGGAAGUCACUUUCCGCCCCGUGACUCCAGCUUCCGUUCCAUGCAUCCCCAGAAAACUGGACAGGAUGCCACCUCGCAGCGGCCAUCGCGAGCGUCGACAAUCAACACCGAGACGUUUCCGCCUUUCCAUCCCAUGCCCAGCAUGGACAGACCAGUAUCGGCACCCAGGCCCCUUUCGGCGCAGCCGUCCAUUGCGUUCAGUGAGCAUGCACGUCCGAAUACGCAACCAAAGGCGGGCCGGCUGAGCGUCUCGUCUUCAGUCACCUCACAGCAGAUCCGGAAGGCACGAUCUAUGUACUAUGCGAGCAGUGUUCAGACAGGCUCACCGAUUGCUCGACCGCCCACCAUGUACCUUACGACUCCACCUCCGGUGACAGCAACUUCAACCCUCGAGAUACCCGUUCAGGCCGCUUCAGCUCGGGCCCUGGCCCCAUCCCCGCUUGCAAUGCCUCGCAUUCCCGUCACCGUUGAGACUAAUGAAACUGUCGACAAGGCACGAGACAAGUACUUGCAAUCUUUCCAACAACGGUCGGUCAGGCAUAAGCCGUCCUUGUUCAUGGCGCCAUUCAUGAAGAGGCAGGGUAAGGGCAAGAGCAAGCGCACCAGUUCCAGCUUUGCAUCCGUCUCCGCAACCAGCCACCGCACACCAGAGGACUACACGCCCGAUUUUACUCUCACCGACUUCAUGCCCCAGGUAGAAGCUAAGGACAAGCGAUCAUUCUCCGGAUCGCUCAAGAGCAAACUCAAGCGGGUGUUCAGGCGCAGUUCCAAGCCAGCUUCGGAUUUGCCUGUCCAACAGAUACAGGCAAGCCGCGACUACUUCGGCACAGCUCCAAUCGACAUCCAUGAUUCCGAAGACAUCUACGAUAUUCCAAGUCCGGACGAAGAUGUACUCCAACGUGUCCGGAUCACGGUCGAGCAGCAACCACAACGGGCGAUCAAGCGAUUGACGAUCAUACAUGAAUCCAAGGACAGUAUCGGCAGUGAAGCGGACCAAGCAGCUUCUCUUUUGACGAAGCGAAAGUCACUUCCAUCGGGUACUCUUGCAGCUUUCCGUGAUCCUAUGCCGAUGGAAAGUCUGUUGGAAGAAACGUCGACACCGAUCGAUCCCAAGCGCGUCUUUUCUGCGUUGAUGAGGGAGAUUGAGAUCUCCAAGUCAACAGAAGAUGCGCCUCAGCCUCCUGCCCAUACUCCUGGUGCAGAGAGUGAUGUUUUUGAGUCAAGCAAGACUAAGGUCCUGCACUCGGCUGACAGAGAUCUACACUCGAGCGCCAGUCGAGACUUUCGGAUGGAAGUGGGGAACGAACAACGACCGCCUUCUCGGCGCGGACCCAGUGCCGCAGCGCAGAGCACACAAGGUAAAGCUAGCUCUAUCAGGACGCUUGGAAGGGCCAUCCGGUCCACGAUCCGUACUGUCACACCUGGCGAGCAGCGUUCCUCACCGUGUCCUGUGCAACACACUAGUGUUCGUGGAACAAUGCGCAUUCCGAGGGAUGAGCUGGACCCGUCGGCUGUUGCCACAUCAUCCGAUGUUGAGGAAGAUUGCAUCAACAUCGAUACAAGCCAACCUAAGCACACGCGCGAAAUGUUUUCGCCCUCUCGCGAGCAGAUCGAACGAAGAGUAUCAAAGGCCAAAGAGCGCUGGAAGACACCUCUGGACGACGUUGCGCAGCUGCAGUUCCCGCGUGAGAUGGAGCGGACAUACAACGUUGCCGAAUUCACUCAACGUACUGUGCAAGAAGACGAUCAACGCGAAUCACUGGAAGAGGAGGUGGAAGUCCAUCGAACCGACAUUUCUGGCCCGUCUGGAACACCUUGCUCGCCAACGCAGCGAACAAUGAUGUCGCCCUUAUCUCCAAGCGUAUACUCGCGAAACACUGACGGCAUGAGCAUACUCCCAAAUGACAGCGUUAUGUCGUUCAGUGGACAAGAUGGACUUGAGCGUCAUCACAACGGAGGCUCAGCCGUCAUCCUGACAAGCAAGUCGGUUCGCAGCUAUGUCGUGGGUACGCCGUCGCCACGCCGCCCUGACUCAGCUCGUUCUAGCCGUGACUGGAAGGCUUGGCUGUCUCACGAGGUCUCCAACAUGGAGUUCACAAGCCAAGAAGAUCUUAGGAUUAAUGAGCAAUACCUCACGCCUUCUAGUCGCCGGUCGAGCAGCAACAGUGCUAGGUCUUCUCGCAACUCACGUUCGCCGCCUGAUAGUGUUGCUUCUUCAUUCAAGUCAACGAAGGGAAGUACCGGACCCAAGAUUUACUCUGAUCUCUCUGCUCCUCCAACGCACCAAACAUCACAGCGCUCGCGCAACUCCGCUCUGAUGAGCAGUGAAGGCCGACACGCAAGUAAAGAGAACUUGACACCACCUUCCAUUAUUGGUGUCAAAGGUAAUGGAAGACCAAGCAUAUCACCAUUAGGACCGUCGACUCGCGCGAGAUCGCUGCAGCCGCUCUCUUCAGUCGCGUUAAACCGCAGCACAACCAAUAUUGGCCAAUAUACAUCCAACAUUCCGGAGAUCAAGCACUCCAAGUACAUCUCAAGCCCAGCUGCGUCGCCACCACGUCCCAGAAUUCGCGCAAUCUUACGAGAGGCAUCCCCAGAGAAGCUGAGUCGUCGUCCCAAGAGCGCACUCGACCUUCGUGGAGCAAAAACAUCGCUCCCUCGCCCAUCGACAGAGUUGCGACGCCCAGCGCUGCACCUCAAGCCGUCGACUAGCUCCUUCACGGAGAGCCGGGAGCCCAGUCCAGGUACUGAGGGCCGUGCCAUUGAUAGUAUCCUCGAGGAAGGCGAGCGCAGCGGCAGCAUCACGCCCGGUCAGCGCAUGGCAGAUCGCUUCCUGCGCGAGAGGAAGAGCAUGGGCUUGUUAGAGGGUAAGAAGCUCAGAGGAGGUAUGAGGCUGGUCAGGGAGGAUACACCAGCAUUUUUAUGACGUGCGAAGCUAGAGUAAUGGGGUGGAUCGUUGUUUGGAUCGUUGUAAUUGAAUAUUGAAGGUUGAAGAGAAGUGCUUGCGAUGGCUGGAUACCUUGCAUAGCGAUAUGAUGAAGUAUCGUAGGGUGAUUAUUUGUAAUGCACGUUUGAUAUCUUC